UUAUGGGCAUCAGACGUUGGAACUCUAUCUUUGGAUUUAUUUUUGGUUUAUUUUUAAGUUGGCUAAUUUUUGGAGGAAAUAAAGAAGCUGAAUUGAAUAGAGAAGAAGAAAAUUAUGAAGGAAAGGAAGGAGGAAUUCAAUUAGCCGAAAAUUGGGAAAGAAUAAUUUUGGAACAAAAACAUGAAGAAAAUGGACAAAAUAAUUUUGUUAAUCAACAUAUUAAGCUGAAUCGCCCUCGAUUUGCAGCAACAGAAUUGGGUAUUCGUCCAAACAUUUUAAUAUUUUUAUUGGCCCGUACAUCUACUGCCGCUUCCUUAUAUCAAUUAUUGUCUCCAAAGGUGCCUGUCAAAAUUUUGGUUUCUGCUGGUAAAUUUGCUGCUUCUGAUUUUCCUGUAAAUUCUCUGCCAGUUAUUGUUCGUUCUGAUCCUGUUUCGCUGCUCAAUGCUAUCGCCAAUAUUUCUCUCAACAACCCAGCAAAUUGGUAUUUACUUUUACCAGAUUCAACAUUUAUCAAUAUUUAUGAAUUAGAACGACUUAUAAAUUCACUUUUAUGGAAUUCCCCCGUCGCUUUUGGAUGGAAUAUUAAUGAAAUAAAAAAUAAAAACCAAAAUGAAGAAGAUGGAGGUCAUUGUCUUGUUGAAGCUGGAAUUUUAUUUUCAUCGCCAGCAAUGAAUGUAUUAGCUCAAGGAAGGCAUUUAUGUAAUGGAUUGGCUUUAGGAUCUUCGGGGAAUGGAGAGAAUUUUGCUUUGGAAACGUGUAUUCGUUUAGCAGCGAAUUUAAGUUGUGUUUCAACAUUUCAAGGAUAUGAGCAUCGUUGGUGGCGGGUUUCUUCUGAUGAUCAACAGAGCCUUUCUCCAUCCAUACAUGGUUUGUUUGUUGUUUCUACUACCAGUGAUUGGAACUUUCGGAUUUUCUUGUACCAACCCUAUUCUUGGUCUCGUUUCAAAUUUCAAGUGGAGGGGAGGUGGAGGAGAAAAAAAAUCCACGCUUGGGGGAGAGGGAAAAAUUUUUUCCUUUUACCCGUACUUCGCAACAUUUCAUUUUUUGGCUUGUACUCGUCCUUGUGCUACGAGCGUCCAAUCACUAAUCAAAUUGAACGUCUUGCCCUCCUUCCUCUUUUCAAUAAAUCAUUAACUAUUUCUCCAUUACUUUCUGAAUUGGAUAUAUCUGCUUUAACCAAGCAUUUUUUAAAUGUUGAAUUUAUUCGAACUGAAGAAGAAAUUAGAUCGUUAGAGGAAGAAACAGAAAAGUAUUACUCAAAAGAAGAGACUGAAUGGCCUAUUGGAAUUAUGGAUGCUUCAAAACCAUUAAAUCGAUUUCAAGCCCCAGUUUGGGAAUUGGUUACUUCAGAUUGGAAAAGAUUUAGUAACAAUCCAGAAGAAAGCAGUGCUGAUUUGAGUGAAGAUGAACGUGAAGAAUGGACACAAGUAUUUAACGAAGCAUUAACUAAAAGCAGAUGUUUAAAUGGUGGAGCAAAAUUUGUUGAAGGAUACAAACAUUUUAACCCAACUCGAGGAAUUGAUUAUUUAAUUGAUUUGGAUUGUGAUAACGAGGAAAUAUUUGAACGUAUACAAGUCAGCAGACCCAUACAUUCUACAAAAUUAUUGGAAAAAGUCCCUUAUGUUAAAGAGGAUAGAGAAAUUGCUCUUUUAGUCCCAGUAGAAACUCCAGCACAAAUUUACAGUCUUCAUCCCCUUUUGCGUCGAAUUUUAUCAAUUUGUAUGUCUGGAGCUGUCGAAGGACGUCAAUUAAGAGUUUUGGUUGCUGCUAGAAAUGUUGAAGCAUUGCCCCUUCGUUUGUUGGGGGAAAACUUGGCAGAAAUGAGACGAAGAUGUCGUUCAAUGGAAUCAGACCUUUUACUUCUCAAACCCGAUCCAAAUUAUCGAACAACAAUAGAAUUAGCAGCACUGGAUGAAGCGGUUGAUCGUUUUGGACAACAAAAUCUUUUCUUGCUUCUUUCACCAUUUUCUGAUUUUCAACCAGAUUUUCUUGACCGUGUCCGGUUAAAUACAAUUCAACAUUUUCAAGUCUUCUUUCCUAUUGGAUUUACAGAAUUUAAUCAAAUUGUAACUGGAUUAACACCUAAAGAAGCUGAAGCAUUUGUAAUUCAUAAAGAUAGGGGAAGAUUUGAUUCGGAUGAUGAAUGGCCAGUAGCUGCAUUAUUUGGUGUCGAUUUUGCUUCAGCUCGUAUUCUUCAUCCAAAUGCUCGUUCAGUCGUUACACUUUUUCUCAAUCAAUCAAAUGUCCACAUUUUUCGUUCAGUAGAGCCUUCACUAAGAAUUAGACCACAUUUACGUGUUUGUACUUUUGAACAUUAUUACCCUUCUAUUGAACAAAGACAACGUUGUGAAAGACGUAGAAGAUUGGCACUUGGAACGAGAGCACAAUUAGCAAAACUUUUUCUUCUUGCAAUAACUCCUUCAAAUGGAUUCGCGUAA